AUGACACAGCAUAUCCUCAUCACUGGCGGCGGGGGCUUCAUUGGCCAGGAACUACUAGGCCCCCUUCUCGAUUCUUCAUCAGACAUCCAUCUCACCAUCGUAGACCUCGCUACACCCCCCGUUCCCGAGGCAUACUCGAACCGCAUCACAGCCCUCGGCGCAGACCUCACAGACGCAAGCGUGGUGAACAAGCUCAUCACCUCGCAGCCCUUUACGACAGUCUAUCUCUUCCACGGCAUCAUGUCCAGCGGUUCAGAAGCCAACCUUGACUUGGGUCUUAAAGUCAACGUUGAUUCCGUGCGCUGCGUUCUCGACACUUUACGAAACAAGCUCACUGGCGUCAAAGUCGUCUUUUCUAGCACGUCUGCUGUGUAUGGACCCGAAAAGGGACCUGUCACGGAGCAGACAAUGCCGCAACCACUGUCAUCGUACGGUACGGAGAAAUUCAUGACGGAGUUGUUGAUAAACGACUUUUCGAGAAGGGGCUUGAUUGAUGGACGUAUCGUGCGUCUUCCAACUGUUGUGGUAAGACCUGGAAAGCCAUCCGCCGCAGCCUCAAGCUUUGCUUCAGGAAUUGUGAGAGAGUCGUUGCAGGGCAUCCAGAAUACUCUCCCUGUCCCUCGAAGCACCCCCAUCUGGAUCUGCAGUCCAGCGACGGUGGUGAAGAACCUCAUCAUGAUGAAAGAUAUACCUGCUGAGAAAUUCGGAAACUCGCGGAUUGUGAAUCUACCGGGACGUACGGUUUCUGUACAGGAUAUUCUGGACGCAGUGGAGAAAGUGGGUGGUAAGGAAGCGCUGGGAUAUGUCAAGGAAGAAGCGGAUGAGGCUGCGUACAAGAUUGUAAAGGGCUGGGCUCCUUGGUUUGACGAUAGUAGGGCAAUGAGUCUAGGAUUGCACGCAGAUGGGGAGUUGGUUGAUGCUGUCAAGGCGUUUCAGGAUAGACUCAAGGCGAAAUAA